GUUAAGAGCGGGAAGAAACAUGGGGAGAGUAGAGUGAACCAAACAGCUUGUGUUCGCCAAAUUAGUUUCUUAUACAGUCAGGACAUUUUUGACAGUACUAAUGACCGGUUUAACCAUGGGAUAUGGAUACCAGUAACGCUAAUGAAUUCUAGUCACGGUACCAAACUUAGCACUAGCUCUUGCUAGGCAGUCAGUAAUAGCCAUAGACUGUAAAUAGUAGGUAAUAGCUAACAAGUGACUGUCUCAACUCUCAGAUAUUUCUGUGAAGAGGGACAGAGGGUCAUGGCUUCAUCCUUAGUAGAGUAUACCAUUGGAGGGGUGAAGAUCCACUUCCCCUGCAAGGCGUACCCAUCCCAGUUGGCCAUGAUGAAUUCAAUCAUACGAGGGCUGAACUAUGGACAGCACUGUUUGCUGGAGAGUCCGACAGGAAGUGGAAAGAGCUUGGCUUUGCUCUGCUCGACCCUUGGCUGGCAUCAGACUCAGUUUGCUAAACUACAAGACGGAGGAAGCCUUGUGAAAGACAAGAGCCAGUCAGAUAAAAACUGUGGUGAUUGUAAGAAGUCAGAUGUCACGACCCCCUGUCAGUGUGUGUGCCACAGCAAAGCCAGCAGGACCACAGCUAUAACUGCCACACCUGACGUGGUGGUCCUCACUGAGUCACCCUGCAAAGACACGGCACAGCCGCUGCCUCCAGCACCUGAACAUGUGCCAUUACCAGAGGAGUCGCAGCCCAAUAAACAGUCUAUAGCCUCUCGUCUGUCUGAGAAGAUCAAGUCUUCCCUCAGCUCUGACCGUGAGAAGGAAGACGACUUCCAGCCUGAUAGGAAACGCAUUCGCACUAACGAACACAAGAGCCGUAAAAGGCAGCGUCUGGAGCAGGGAGUGAUAUUCAUAGAUGAUGAGCUGGAGUGUGAAAAUGAUCCUUCAGGUCCUCAGAGUUGGACCACAGAGCCAAACAGCCAAGCAGCUGGUUUGUCUUCAUCAUGCUGCCCCCCUGAACCCUGCUCCCGGUGCCCGUGUGCAUUAACCAAAGAUGGUGUCAAGGACAAAGUCAAAGAUGGCAAAAAGAAGAUUCCCAAGAUCUUCUUUGGCACUCGAACUCAUAAACAGAUAACUCAGAUCGCCCACGAGCUGAAGCGCACUGUUUACUCCAGUGUGCCCAUGACCAUCUUAUCCAGUAGAGGGCACAGUUGUGUCCACCCAGAGGUGGCGCCUCACUCCAACCGCAACGAACGCUGCAAGGAUCUACUGGAUACCAAAGAUGGCAAGUCAUGCCGCUACUACCAUGGUGUCCAGAGGAUGCGGGACCAGUGCACACUACAGCGGGUCCACGGACUCCAUGAAGCCUGGGACGUUGAGGACCUUGUCGCACUGGGUAAACGGCUCCGGUCGUGCUCCUACUAUGCUGCCCGUGAACUUAUGCAGGAGGCCUCCAUCAUCUUCUGUCCAUAUAACUACCUGCUGGACCCAAUGAUCAGAGAGAGUAUGGAGAUCGACCUAACAGGUCAGAUUGUGGUGCUGGACGAGGCCCACAACAUUGAGGACUGUGCUAGAGAGAGUGCCAGCUUCACUUUAGACCACAACAGUCUGCUGAUGUCCAGGGACGAGCUUGACAGCAUGGUCAACAACAACAUCAGACGCUCCCAACACGAGCAACUCAGGAACUUCUGCUAUAGCCUGAUCAACUGGAUCCAGGAGAGCCAAAGCCUGAUGUCUGAACGGGGAUAUGAGAGCUCCUGUAAAGUCUGGAAUGGGAAGGAUGUACUGGACAUCUUUCACAACCUGGGCAUCACUGCUGGCACCUUUAGCCUUCUGAAGCAAUGUUUGGCAGCAGUGUUGGAGAAAGAGGAGCGUGUUGGUGUGGUCAACGGUAAAGAGGAUAUGGUUCAGGUUCCAACAAUCAGCUCAGCUACCUCCACUGUUCUCAAAAACCUCUUCAUGGUGCUGGGCUUCAUGUACUCCUCUGAGGACAACUGCAGGUUUGCUGAAGACUACCGGAUAGCUCUGCAGAAGAGCUAUGGUUGGACGAACAAGGUCCCACCUGAUGUCCCCGAUGGACAGGGCUUUUUUGUUCGGCCACGCCACAGACAACGCCAGAGCGUCCGAGUCAAGACAGAAGUCCUUACACUCAGCUUCUGGUGCCUCAACCCUGCUGUGACGUUCUCUGACUUGAGAAAGUCGGUGCACUGCAUUGUGCUGACAUCAGGAACCCUGUCACCCAUGGGCUCCUUCUCCUCUGAACUUGGAGUGAAUUUCUCCAUCCAGCUGGAGGCCAACCAUGUUAUCAACAAGUCCCAGGUAUGGGUGGGCACUGUUGGUUCAGGACCCCAAGGCAAAAAACUCUUAGCCACCUUCCAACAUACUGAAACGUAUGCCUUCCAGGACGAGGUGGGUGCGCUGCUGCUCCAUAUUUGCCAGGUCGUGGCCAAGGGUGUGCUCUGCUUCUUGCCCUCUUACAAGGUGCAGGAGAUCAGGUUAGAUGGUGGAGGCUAUGAAGCCAAGCGUGUAGGGAGAGCCAGUCUUCAGCAGACUGAGACCCGGAGCAGCUAGAGGACGACUGACGAGGCCAGGGCAGAUCAUGAGUUAAAGAUGAUGCCCGUGGGUUUGAAGAUCAGACCGUCCAGAGCCAAACCUGUCAGAGGAUGCAGCUCAAAAAAAGACAUAGUUCAAGCGAAUGCUUAUCAGGCUCAUUUCUUCCCAGAGGUUCAGGAUGAUGGCUGCAUUACCUGCCAACACACAGAACUCAUCUUGAAACCAAGUGUAAAUGACACUGAGUCCAGAAAGUCCUCUGUGGAUGUGACUGAGUGCAAAGCUCUUAAAAAAGUGUCGAGCACACCUGGUAGUUCCACAAGGACUGAGUUUCUCCUUGUCACUCCCAAACAAGAAGACACAGGAGAAAUUGUAGCAGCAGGAUGUAGUCCUACUACUCCAGCACUGGAUGGUCCAGGAAGUUUACAUUUUUUCAACAAAGCUAUAAAAGUACAAAGAUCUUGCAAGCAGAAGCGCAGGAGAUUUAACAAGACCUCUCCUAAAAUAAAGAGAGUCAAAGACCUCAAGCCUUGCUCUUUGGGACUCUACUGUUCUGUGUGUGAGAAGGAACUACUUCCUGUAGCACAUGGUGCACUACGACGUGGUUGUGAAUCUGAACAUCUAGGUUUUCUGAGAAACGACAGAUUUAGAACAACUUCCCGCCGCUGCCAGUGUGCAACACAUCAGCCAUCAAUUUCAGACAACUCGGGCUCACUGCUGGUAGUCCAAAGUGUCACGUCUCUGAAGGCCCUGAGGACCGCUCUGCAGCCAUACUGUGAUGAGUUAUCAGACGCAUAUAAUGCCAUCUGGAAUCCUAAAGAGGGCUCUGUGAGCAGAUUUCUGCAGUGCAAAGGCUGUUUGUCACUAAGCCCCGUUCUGUCUGCAGCUUUAAUUGCAGCAGAGAUCCAGUGCCCUCUAGACAUGGCUCAAGAUCAGAUUUCAGUGAAUACUCCCAUCUGA